AUGAACAAAAUAGACUGUUGGCCACCAAAGAAUGGAGAAUCGAGUACUGCAGCGCAAAAAUAUGGUGAAAGAUCAACGUGCGAUUCUUCUAAUAGAGUAAUAAUGUUACAAGGUCUUGACCCGAAUUCAACUCAAGGAAGAAUAAGGAAAGCAUUUGAAGAUAAUGGUUUAAAGGUCACAGUCGAUUAUCAAAGAGACGAUACUAUAGGUUACGUUCAUUUACAUUUACCUAUGGCCAAAGAAGUCGUCCAUCGUAUUACGAGUUCUGGCGGGUUAAGAGUUGGUUCCGAGUAUGUGGUGUUACGUGCUUUAGAAGGAACGGAAGAAGUGAUGUAUUGGACAGUGUAUGCAGCUUCAAACCUUCCCACUUCUUUAAGGUCACCGGGUAAAAGCAAGAAAUUACAUACCAAAGGUCGUCGUAAGAUGCGAAGCCGAUCAUACCCUUACCCUUCUAUGGAUAUCGAUGAAGAUGUGGAUCAACCAUUCGACAAAGCGUUGUCAAAACUACAAAAGAAGAAAAGUUCUAGGUUGAAGCGUACAAUCAAAAAAUCCAGGAAAAUACCGAAUAAUAGGAGCGCAGCGAAACAAUUUCACAUGCAAUUGAAGGCCAUCAAUAUGGACAUCGAUACAUCAAAUUCUUUGGUGAAGAAGGAAGGAAUAAAUAGUAACAUGUCACGUUUUUUAACAUCCAGUCCAAUGAUAAUUUCUGAAAGGUUAAGUGACUAUUCAUUGCAAUCUAUUCAAGAAAGUCAAUCGUUUACCGAUCUUAUUACCACUGAAACCGCCAAUUCUAGUGGAAUGUUUGAAAUUUCUUCACAUUCUCAACAAUUUUACCAUCGUUCAACCCGCCAACAAUCCUCUUCCAGUAUGGAGUUAAGGGAUAAUGUUCAGUCUUCUAUCACGGUUGGAAACAAUGAUGAAGCGGAUGAAGUUGAAAAAAAAUUCAAGUAUCUCUCAGUAACCUCUGGUAAUGAAUUGAUGAACAAAUUCAGUAGUGAAUACUAUUAA